AUGUCUGAUCAAAAGUUGAUUCUCGUCAUUGGUGGAACAGGUGCUCAAGGCACUCCUGUUGUCAAGGCACUUUCUGAAAGUGGCCGCUACAGUGUUCGGGUGCUUACUCGUAACGUUGCGUCGGAAAAGGCCACGGCACUAGCCGAAUUACCCAAUGUGACACUUAUACAAGGGUCCCAGGAUAGCCAGAAGGACCUUCAUGCUGCAUUCACUGGAGUAUACGGUGCGUGGGUGAAUCUAGACGGAUUCACGAUCGGAGAGAAGAACGAGCUUUUCUACGGAAUCCGGGCAUACGAGAUUGCGAGAUACCAUGGCGUCGAGCACUAUGUAUUCGCAAAUAUCGAUUAUGGUCUUCGCAAGGCCGAUUGGGACGAGCGGUAUCAUUGCGGACACUGCGAUGCCAAAGGGCGCGUUGGCGAUUUGAUCUUGAGUCAUGGCCAAUCUGGCAUGAAGACUUCACUUUUGACCACAGGGCCAUAUAUGGAUAUGCUAUUUGAUGGAAUGUUUGUUCCCAAAGCUCAAGACGAUGGAUCGUUUGUCUGGGAGAACCCAGCAGCGGACGGCAAGAUUCCCCUUAUUGCCCUCGAUGACGUUGGAGUCUACAGCCUGUGGUUAUUUGACCAUCCCUCUCAGUCAGCCGGCCUCAAUCUUGAAGUGGCAACGGACCAAGUGAGCUUUGCCGAGAUUGCGGCUACAUUCACCAAGGUCACUGGCAAAAAGGGAGUGCAUAAGCGUGUGGCUCUCGAGGAUUAUCUGUCCAAGGCAGAGCCGUACCCAGACGCGUACGCAAAUUGGGCGGUAAAGCCAACUGAACCGCGCGAUGAGUCUUUCAUGACCUGGCGCGAGAACUUCACGGCUUGGUGGCGCUAUUGGGGUGAGGGGAAGGGGGCUACGCGUGAUAUGGCUUUCCUUGACUCCAUUCACAGCACUCGCAUUCCAAACCUCGAGGCAUGGAUGAGGGCAAAGAGCUAUGAUGGCCGACCCCGCUCGGUGUUGAAGGAUCUCUCUGAUUUUAAGAAAUAAGGGGAUGGCUAUGUUGCGUUGGGCUAUUGGAUGAUUAGGGGGUCUUGUCGUAAGAGAUGCUUCGCCUGAGAUUAUGAAAAAUGCACUAUAGUUUCACGAGCCGAAAAUUGAAGAGGCU